UUUAGUAAAGUAAACAAUUUAUUUGUUUUCUAUAAAAAAUAAAAAUAAAUCAAAUGGAAAUUAAAGCAAAUUUUGAAAAAACUUGCAGAACAUGUGCAGAAUAUUUUGAUGAAGACCUCCAACCGAUCUUUGUUUCAAAAAACUCAAAAAUAAUUAAAAUGCUGGAAGGGUUCAGUGGCUUCAAUUUUAAGAUAGCGGAAGAAGAUUCUUUACCCAAGGUUCUUUGUAACACUUGUGCGAAACAACUCACACAAAUUUACAUGUUUCUUUUGCAAUGUGAAAAAUCUCAACUAAUUCUGACUGAAAAACUUCAACAAGCAAAUAAAGCUAGUAUUAAAGAUUCGCAGUGUGAAGCAGAAAAUUUUGAUGAUUUUGAAAGUGACGUGAGUGAAACAAAAGAUUCCUUCGGAAGUUUAUUAGAAGAUAUAUUUACAAUUAAAGAAAAUAAACAGAAUAUUGUAAAAGCAGAAUGUGCAAUCACUUUAAAAAACAAUAUUCAAGAAAUUAGAAGUAAAAAUAAAUUAAGUGAAGAGAAAAUUUUAACCACAUGCAAAGACAAAACCAAUAAAUUUCAAAAAAAAACCCAUAACCUGAGGAAACGGAAAAGAGAAAAUGGAAGUAAAAUAGAAAUUUCAGAGAAAGAGGAUGAAAAAGACAAAAGUUUCAAAAGCAUUAACAGAGUACCUAAAAAAAAUUAUGAAUGCAGUAUCUGUUCUAUUGAAUUCAAUAAAUUUGCUAACUUAAGAGAACAUAAAAAAGAGAAGCACCCAGCACAACCAAAAGUAUAUUUAUGUGACAUUUGCGGAAGAAAGUUCGAUAAAGGAGAUCGUUUGCUUCAACAUAAAAACCGGCAUUUGGGCUUUAAGCCUUUCAAAUGUGAUAAAUGUGAUAAAAGUUUUUCAAUAAAAGCAUCUUUAAAAGCGCAUAUUCAAAGACAUAUUAAUCCAGAGAAUUUUAAAUGUGAUAAAUGUGGAAAAAAUUUUUUGAUUAAAAAAUGCUAUGAGGAGCAUGUCCAACGACAUGAAAGUGGGGAGAAAUUAUUUAAAUGUCCUUAUUGUCCUAAAACGUUUAAAUUGCUGUCAACGCUAACACAUCAUUGCACAUUUCAUAACAAGACUUUGGACAAGAAGUAUCAUUGUAGUGAAUGUAACACAAAUUUCCGGAGAUCUGAUCAUUUAAAAGAGCAUAUAAAUGGAGUGCAUUUAAAAAUAUUACCAUUCAAAUGUGAACUAUGUCCUCAGGCGUUCGUAACAGGAGCUAAACGAAAUAUUCACGUUAAAAGAAUGCAUUCCGGGAAAAGAUUUCAAUGCAAUCAAUGCGAUAAAGAUUUUUCUUUGCAAUCUUCCUUGAAUAGGCAUAAAAAGGAACAUAGUGGUAUCAAAAGUUUAAUAUGCGAAAUUUGCAAUGAAAGUUUCAUAAAGCCUAUACAAAUAAAAAAGCAUAUGGAAACGCACGAACUUGAUGAAACUGCAAAGAAAAACCUAAUAACGCAGACAUACGAAAAAAUAAAAUAUUUAGCCAUUAACCAAGAUGAGGUAAACGAAAGCAAAAUAAAUUUGAUUUGAUUAAAUGUAU